GCGGUGACGUGUCCCACACGUGUGCGGAAGCGCCGCGCCGGGCAGCGCCGGGCAGCGCCGGGAGCGGGGCCGGGCCGGGCCGAGCCGCGAUGCCGCUCAAAGCCGUGAUCCUCAUCGGGGGCCCGCAGAAGGGCACCCGGUUCCGGCCGCUGUCCUUCGAGGUGCCCAAGCCGCUGUUCCCCGUGGCCGGCGUGCCCAUGGUGCAGCACCACAUCGAGGCGUGCGCCAGGGUGCCCGGCGUGAAGGAGAUCCUGCUGAUGGGCUUCUACCAGCCCCACGAGGCCCUCAGCCGCUUCCUGGUGGCGGCACAGCAGGAGUUCAAGAUCCCCAUCAGGUACCUGCAGGAGUACGCGGCGCUGGGCACGGGCGGUGGCAUCUACCACUUCCGAGACCAGAUCCUGUCGGGCGGCGCCGAGGCCUUCUUCGUGCUCAACGCGGACGUGUGCUCCGAGUUCCCCUUGCAGGAGAUGCUGGACUUCAGGCAGCAGCACGGGGACGCGCACAGCUUUGUCAUCCUGGGCACCACGGCUAACAGGACGCAGGCUCUGAACUACGGCUGCAUCGUGGCGAACGCCGACACGCAGGAGGUGCAGCACUACGUUGAGAAGCCCAGCACCUUUGUCAGCGAGGUGAUCAACUGCGGCAUCUACCUGUUCACGCCCGCCAUCUUCCAGCACAUCGGCGAGGUCUUCCAGCGGAACCAGCAGGAGCUAGCGCUAGAGGAGAACUCCAACGGCUGGCAGCGUGCAGAAGUGAUCCGGCUGGAGCAGGACGUCUUCACAGCGCUGGCUGGGAGCGGCAAGCUCUACGUCUACAAAACCGAUGGCUUCUGGAGCCAGAUCAAAUCAGCUGGCUCUGCUAUCUACGCCAGCCGCCUCUACCUCAACCAGUACAGCCAAACCCACCCGGAGAGGCUGGCCCAGAACAAACCUGGAGGCCCCAUCAUCAGAGGGAACGUGUACAUCCACCCCACGGCCUCCAUCGACAGCACGGCAGUGCUGGGCCCCAACGUCUCCAUCGGGGAGGGGGUGACGGUGGGAGCCGGCGUGCGUGUGCGCGAGUCCAUCGUCCUCCACGGGGCCUCGCUGCACGACCACACCUGCGUCCUCAACACCAUCGUGGGCUGGGACAGCACCAUCGGGCGCUGGGCCCGGGUUGAAGGAACGCCCAGCGACCCCAACCCCAACGAUCCCUAUGCCAAGAUCGACAGCGAGACCCUCUUCAGGGACGGCCGCCUCACCCCUUCCAUCACGAUCCUGGGCUGCAGUGUCACCAUCCCUGCUGAGGUUGUUAUUCUUAACUCCAUCGUCCUUCCUCACAAGGAGCUGAGCCGCAGCUACAAGAACCAGAUUAUCCUCUGAGUUCGCUGCUUGCUGGGCUGGGGUGGCCUCUGUCACCUCUGCCACCUCCUGGGGGUUCCCAGCACCCCCGGGGGGGCAGGUGAGGAGCCCUGCAAGUGCCUGAUUCCUGCUCCAGACAGACAUUAAAGCUGGUGAGCAUCA